AACUAAAGGGAAAGAGAUUUGAUAAGGUCGAAAACUUGGCAAGGGCUGUUCAGGUAGUUGUUGAAGGUAUCCCAAAAGAGGACUAUAAGAACUCUUUCCAGAGUUGGCGAAAUUGGCUAGAACGUUGUAUAGAGUUUAAUGGAGAGUACUUUGAAGGAAUGAAGUAG